AUGAUAAUUUUUUUAUUUGUUUUCAGUUUAACAGAAAUAUUUGCUGAUAUGAGUUUUAUGCUACGAUUCAACAAAAAAGAAAUUAAAAAGAUUAAAGAUGUUGUUGUUCUCAUAGAAAAUAAUCUUUACUUUACGAAUUACGGUUUUAAUGUUAAUAAAAUUGAAUGUGAUAUUAAAGUUUACAAUGCACUGAGUGAAGAAAGCAACUUUGGAUAUAUUAAAAUUAUGCCAAUAAUUGAUAAUGAAAAAUACAUUCGAUUAUGUAUUCUGAUUUUACUUGACAAUGAAAACGUUGUUAUGAUUAGUAACACGAACAUUGACGAAAAAACUUGCAUACAUAAUAAAAGUAGACAACUGAUAUUUAAAAAUGUUAGAUAUGUUGGCCGCCAUAUUUGGACAAUUUUUUUGGAUAGUAUUAAGAAAAAGAAGAGACCAAGUUCUUUAAUUUUAUAUGAAAAUGUUGACAGUUAUAGUUUACAACGCAAGGCAGAAUCACUCAGUAAUUUAAAUUUAGAAAGAAAAUUUUAUUUAAGUUCCAUUUUUUUGGAAGAAAAAGCAUUCAAUUUUGUGUAUGUUGCUGGAGAUUCUUUUUAUGCAAAAGUCAAAGAGUGUGAGAAAGUUUUUCAAAAUGUUAAUAAUUUCUUGUCAAAAAGCGCACAAAAAGUUGUUGAAGAAUUAUUUUGCAAAGAUAUUGAAGAUUUUGCCAACGAAGCAAUGAAAGAGGAUGAACAAGAAGAAUGUAGAGAAGAAAAUGAGAAAAAUGAUACAAUGCAAGAAAUUAAAACAUUUAACAACAACUUUGAUGAAGCGUCGGAUUCUUUUUAUAAUACUAAAAAUGGAAAUUUUGAGGAUCAAAAUAGUAUUAUUUUGCAAAAUAAAAAUUCCAUUGAGAAUACUGCUGAAUUAAAUGACUUUAACACAAAAGUCAAAACGCAAGAUUUUGAUGUAGAGAAUAAUUUAAAAAUUAAAGAUAGCUUGCUUGAUAUUGAAAAUUCUAAUGCAUUAAUUGAACCUGAUCUGUUUUCUAAUAAUUGUAAUGAGAAUCAAGCGAAAGACAAUUUUAAUAAUAUUUUGGAAAAAAAUGAUUUAGAUGUUAGUCAAUUAAUAAAAGAUAAGAUUAGUUUAGAAAAUGGGUGCGAGAAAAAUAUUGUGGAAGAAAAUGACGAAACUUUACAUGACAAAAAUGAGCUAAUUACAGAAAAGGAAGAUAGUAAAAAUGAUAUUACAAAGGAAAUAAAUAAUGAUAAUAAACCUAAAAAUUUGUAUAGAAGACAAAACGAAUCAAAUUCUGGUGAUAAUUUUGAUUCAAAAAAUAGUAGGUUUCCGUAUUACGCCACUGUGUGUGUAUGUGUUUUCCUAAUUGCUUUUGGUGUUGCGUAUAUAAAAAAAAAAGGUAAUUUUAAGUUAUUUUUUUCUGGAAAAAAAUCAAUAAAUGGUUGA